AUGGGGCUCGUUACCCACCCAUCUAGGAAAAGGAUCGGCUUAUGGAACAUUCGCUCACUUUGCGCAACGGGUGGCGAAAGGAUCCUCGUGGACGAAUUGUCGCGACACGGUAUAUGCAUUAUGGGCCUGCAGGAAGUUCGAUGGCAUGGCGAUGGUGAACUGUGUUAUGCUGAUUUCAAUAUACUGUGGUCGGGCCCAGCUGAGGGUCAUCCCAGGCUCGCUGGUGUUGCUUUGGUCCUGAGCAAUCAAGCUAAUCGUGCACUGAUUGAAUGGCACCAGAUCAGUAAAAGGCUGAUGGUUGCUCGUUUCAGACAUCUAUAUGAUACUAUGUUAGCGAUUGUCUGCUACGCGCCAACUAAUGAAGCGUCAGCUGAGACCAAAGAUCUCUUUUACACCGCAUUGAAGGACUCGUUUCUCUUCACUAGGUCUAACGACCACAUCAUUUGCCCUCUAACGCGGUAA